AAGGCGCUUCAUUGGUUGGACUUUGCCGGAAGUGCCCGAUCAUAAUGAGUUGAGGUACAACUUCAUGUUUGAAGCGGCGCAGAUGUAAAAAUGGAAGCUCCAUGUACUAGCUCAGGCUUAAUAACUCCAAGAAAAAAAGACAUGAACAACAGUGCCAGAAAAAUAAAGGACAUUGCUGCAGACUGGCAUAACUUCAUGCUGAAAUGGGAAACGUUUAAUGACACAGGAUUCUCAAUAGCAAAUAAAAUUGUUAAUAUUAAACUCAGCAACCAGAGAGAAAGUGGAAUCAGGCUGGAAGCAUUUGAAGGAGAGGAUGCUAACUCUAAUCUUGGAAAGGCUAACUUCCAGUAUAACACCGAACUGGAGGAAUGUUGUACUGAGUUGCUCAAUAUUCUUGACAAAAUGGUCAAACUGGUAUUAAAGAUGGAAAGGCUUUGUGCAACCAUGAAAGGAAUACUUGACCUUGAUACCUAUCAGUAUGGUGAAACUGGAAGGGAAAUGCCCCUUUUUCAUACAUGGCCCACAAAAUAUUUCUGUGAAAUCUCAGUUGAGUUAACAGAGAUGUACAAAAAAGAACUGCAGCUAAAGCAUGUAAUUGUUCAAGAGAUCGCUCACACCAGUAGCUGUGAUCUUAUGAUGGUGGAGUUGUCUGCCUGGCUAUACCAGCCUUACAUAGAAGAAAAAGCCACACUUCUCAGUGAAAGCAUGUUGUUGGAAACUGGACACAGGUCUUUGUAAUAAAAACACAACUUGUACCGAGAGAUAAAUCACCAAAUUGCUGUAAAAUCUGUAGUUCCAACUUGAAAAAGCGUGCAUUUGCUUUUAAAUCGCUUAGCCAUCUAUACAGGUUUUAACUUGAAAUUGAUUGGGCUCAAUUUUGAAGCUUGUAUGAAUGGUUGGAACAGAACUUGCAUGAACAGCAAAAGAAGUUUCACCCAUUAUCAAAUUUUGUGCUUUUAAUGUGUGGCAGAAUCCAAUAAGACAAUGAUUGUGACAAAAGGCAAAGAAAAAAUAUAUUUAUUUUUUUUUUAGAAACUUUGAAAUACUUAUGCUGAAAAAAUAAUUUUGUUGAAAUUAUUAAACAAUGGUCCUGAAAGAUA